GAUUAAUGUCGAAGAUAAUUUAUGACGCCCUCACACGUUACUCACAUAAAUGUAGGUGAUAAACUUCUGAAAUGAUAUGUAAUUUUUUAGAAAUGUUUAUUACACAAGAUUUAUUUUAAUAUUAAAACAAAUACAAUUGUGUCAUCUUGAAGAUGAUCGAUAUGGACAGAAAUUUUCCAAACAUUUUAGUAACAGGUACACCUGGAGUAGGGAAAAGUUUAAUGUCUCGUAUUUUAUCUGAGAAGACUGGAUUAACCUGGAUUGAUGUUAGCAAAUUUGCUAUUGAAAAAGAAUGCCUAGAAGGAUAUGAUGAAGUGUAUCAAUGUCCUAUUUUAGAUGAAGAUAAGUUAUUAGACAAAAUGGAACCUGUUAUGUGCGAAGGUGGAAAGAUUGUUGAUUAUCAUGGAGCUGAUUUUUUCCCUGAAAGGUGGUUUGAUAUUGUUUUUGUAUUAAGGACAGACAACACUAUUUUGUAUGAUCGUCUAAGAGAUAGAGGUUAUACUGGAAAAAAAUUAGAAGAUAAUAUAGAUUGUGAAAUAUUUCAAACUAUUCUUGAAGAAGCAAGGUUAGCUUAUAAAGAAGAAAUAGUUCACGAACUGACAAGUAAUAAUUUAAAUCAAAUAACAGAAAAUGUGAAUAGAAUAUGUCAAUGGAUUGAACAGUGGAAAGUAGAUAAUGAACAAGAAUAAUUUAAUUUUAUUAUUUUUUUAAAUGACUGUGUAUUUAUUUCAUAUAUGUAUGCAAUUUAAAAACAGGAUAAUAUUGUUUACUGGUUAUAAAUACUACAGAGAAGAGAAUGAUUUAACAUUAUUAAAAUGUUAAUUAGAAAAAUAUUAACACAAGUAAUAAAAUAUUUACAUUUCUAAGUAAUAAAUAGAUGACAAUAUGCUUUUUGCGUUAACAAUAUACAUUUAUACACAAAAAUUAAUGUAUAUAUUAUAGUACAAAUGUUUUAUAUUUAAAAAUUGUUUAUUCUAUUAUACCUAGAUCAUAUUUUAAUUUUUUUAAUCUAUUACGUAUACUGUCAUAAUAUUUCAUUUGUAUGAGAAAAGAUUCUGCUUUUUUAAUGUCUUCCUGUCUAAAUGCAUCUGCUAUUUUUCUGUGAAAAAAUAUUUAGGAUAAUUUCAUUGUCUUGUACUAGCUUCUUUAUCUUUUCUUCAUCAUUUGCAGCAUCUUCUAUUUCUUCAUUUUUUUCCAUAAUUUCCAUUAAAAAUUCUGCGUUUAUGUUAUCUGUUUCUUCUGAUAUUGUUAUGCCAUUUAAUUUUAAUAUAUAUAGUCCUCUUUUUAGAGGAUGUAUCAAUGUAGUAUAAGCUUUAUUUACUAAUGAUGAUAAAUUCUCAGAAAGUUGCUUUUCUUUCUCAGAUUUAGUACUAUAUUUAUCAGGAUGUAAUAGUUUUUGGAGUUCCUUGUACUUUUUUUGAAUUUCUGUAAUUUUAACGUCAUAACUUCUUGAAAUGCCGAUUAUAUCGAAAUACGUUAAACUUUCAGGUGGUUCUUGUAAAACUUUACAUUUGGAACAGAAUAAAUCAGACUUGUACACAAAAUUACAAUUCCAACAUUUUGAUGGACUAUCAUUUGAAUAUUGUGAUAUGUUUGUUAAAAUUGGCGGAGAGACACAAUUUUUAUUUACAUAAUACGAGUAUAAAUUUUGUUGUAUGAGAUUUAAGUAUAAUACGUUAUAGUUUUUUGUAAAAUUGAGGAAAGAUUUUCUUAAGUACAUAUUAGCGAGAUAAGGUUAUCAUAACUUAUUAUUCGUUAAUAUCAAAAUAAACACAAAUAAUUUUAAUCAAUAACAAAUAAUUAACAAAGGCAGAAUAUGCAGCUACUUUAAAGAAUGUAGCAAAUUCAAUAUUUGAGACAGGUGGAUUUAUUAGAAAGAUUGAAAACUGGGGAAAUAAAGAACUUCCAUGUAAAGCAGUUGCCCAUGGUAAAACUAAUACACAUGCUGGUCAUUUUAUGUUUUGUUUUGAUAUGCCACCGUCUAAGCUUACUAGACUUAAAGACGAUUGUAAAAGGAAUACAGGUAUUAUUAGAGUAAAAGUAUAUAGACAAAAUGAGUCAUGUCAUUCAAAUAUACAGUGUACAUUGCAUGAAGAAUUAUUACCUCCGCCUUAUAGACCCAGUGUGAUAAAGAUGAUGGAAGAAGCCAAAAAGCAUAAACGUUACAAAUCUAAAUUCGAGUAUGGUAACGACUCUAAUUAUCAUCCUUUCAUUAAAUGAUUUAUUCAUGACAUAAUAUAUAAUGUAAAAAUAAAAUAUAUAUUUGUUUAGAUUUGUUUAGGUGUUUAAAUAAAAAUUUUGAAUGAAUUCAAGUGAAAUCCAAAAGAAAAGAUCAUUUAUUUGUAUCUUUUGUUUUUAUUAGUAGUUAUAUUUUUGCUUUUAUUAAUAAUUUUAUUAGAUUUUCAAUUGUACAUUGCAUGAUGAUAAGGGUUUCUCACCAAUCAAAUCAGAUAGAAGAACAAUGAAUAUAUGAGACUUCCUACACAAGUAUUGAUUAAUUACCAUUUUCUUGUCAUACUGACAACGAAACUUGGAAAACUCGACUCUACAACAAUGAACAAAGUAACAAUAGUAACCAUGAACGAAAGAAGAGAGGAGAUGAGGGAU